AUGGCCGCGUGCACGUGGAGAUGGAUUCCAUGUAAAAUAACAGAACUGCGACUGGACAAAACGCUUGUCUGUGGACAAUCUUUCAGAUGGAAGGAGAGAACACCUGGGAUUUGGACUGGUGUUCUGGCUGGUUAUGUGUGGAAUCUGAGGCAGUCAGAUACACAGCUGUUUUAUCAGGUGGUUCUUCCCCCACACCACGCAGACAAUAUCACAGCUGACAAAUAUGCGGGAAUAACUGUCAAGACAGAACCUUUUCAGAUUACUGACAACACAAAGACUGUUACACAUGCAAAGUUGGUGGAAAAACACUCCAAGAAAAGGUCUAAGAUCAGAACAUUUCCCAUAAAAAAGGAAAGAAAUGAUACAGAGAUGAUUGACAAGUCAUUGGAUCAGGGUGCUACUCAAGUAUUAGACAGUGAUUCUGUUGUGAAGGUAUCCACUCAAACAGAUUGUCAUUAUCAAAAUGAGAAGCUGGAAAAAGACAUAACAGACACAAAAGAUACCCCUGAACUUGAGGCUAUUUUACAGGACUAUUUCAGACUGGACGUAAACCUUACAGACUUGUACAGCACUUGGUCUCACUCUGAUCCAGUAUUUAAACGCACAGCUACAGACUUUACAGGAAUCAGGAUCCUCAGACAGGAUCCUGUAGAAAAUCUCUUCUCAUUCAUCUGUUCAUCUAACAACCACAUCUCUAGAAUCAGUGGAAUGGUGGAGCGUCUUUGUCAGGCCUACGGGACCAAGGUCACAGAGUAUGAAGGAGAGCCAUAUUUCAGUUUCCCAUCUGUAAAGAGUCUUUCAGGGUGUGAUGUGGAGGACACACUCCGUGGUCUGGGAUUUGGCUACAGGGCAAAGUACAUUGGUUUAACUGCUAAGUACAUACAGGAGAAUCACAGCGACAGGUGGCUGAUGGGUCUUAGAAACCUGCCUUACAAUGAGACUAAGUCUGAGUUAAUGAAGCUGUGUGGUGUGGGGGCAAAGGUUGCAGACUGUGUGUGCUUGAUGUCGCUUGAUAAGCUGGAAGCCGUUCCUGUAGAUACCCAUGUGUGGCAGAUAGCAGCCCGUGACUACAUGCCCAAACUGAAACAAGCCAAAUCUCUCACAGACAAAUUGUAUGCAGAGAUAGGUGACCAUUUCCGUGAGUUGUGGGGAGACAAGGCAGGCUGGGCUCACACGGUUCUGUUUACUGCAGAUUUAAAAAAGUUCAAGGACAAAACUGACACCAAGGAAAAAGUUCUGAAAGCUGGACCAAAGAAGGCCAAGACUAAAGGUCAGAAAAGGACAAAGUCAUUAGACAAUGAUGGAGGAAAGAAAGCAAAAAAGAUUUCCUAAGGAUUGUGAACUACUGUUCUUUCUGCUUGUAAAUGCUUCCAUAGAA